UGGGUGAAUUCUGUUUACAUCAAAAACAAACUAAAAUUCCUAUUUCUAUGUAUUCAAGGCAUAUCACUGAGUAACGGUUACCUGUGGAAGAAACAAAGGAAGUUCACCAACAUUCACCUGCGCUACUUUGGAGAAGGACAGAGGUCAAUGGAAAAGUCCAUUCAAGUGGAAUGUAAUUGUCUUUGUGAGGCGUUUAAAGAAGAACAAGGAAGACCUUUCCAACCACAUUCUACUAUAACCAGUGCUGUGUCCAACAUCAUCGCCUCGGUGGUCUUCGGACAUCGGUUUGAGUACAGCGAUGAAAUCUAUCGUAAAGUUUUGGAGUUGGACAGUCAAGCCGUGUUUCUCGCUGGCUCGGCUCGGGCUCAGCUGUACGAUGCCUUCCCUGGCCUGCUAAAGUACUUCCCCGGGCCUCACCAGACGGUUCUCUCCAACUACAGAGAGAUCAAAAAUUUCCUGAGGAAACAGAUAGAGAAGCACCAGGAGGAUUUGAACCCAGAGGAACCUCGAGAUUACAUUGAUGUUUAUCUGACAGAGAUUGAGAAGAAUAAAGGGGAUCCUGCGGCUGGCUUUAACAUCGAAACCCUGUUGAUCUGCACCCUUGAUAUGGUCGAAGCUGGGACAGAAACAACUGCCACCACUUUACGCUGGGCUCUUCUCUACAUGAUGCACUACCCAGAGAUACAGAGUCAGUCCAGUACA